CCUGCCACCACGAAGCUUAGCGCACCUGACGCUUUGAAGAAAUGGGCUGCAAGGCUGGUCUCUGGCGACGGCUCGCCAUUUAUAGAGCCGCUGGGGCCCCUCCAUCCGCAGAGGCAAAAACUGCACUACUAUCGUCAUGCCGACCAACAAGAGAAGCCCCAGUGGUACCAGAAAGAGAUGGAAAGCAUUAACCCCCAGGCCCAACGGCUCUUGGAGAAUUACAGUGGUAUUACACCAGCGGAGGUGCUCCCGCAUGUUUUGAAGCUGGUAAGCUUUUUCCGCACUGCUUUCAAAAGAACUGCCUAUCUAAAUCGGUUCAGCGCGACGAGGCGUUUAAAUUUCCAUUAUCCCUGCAUUGGCCAGCUACGCUUUCUUUCUUUCAAUCUCUCCGAGUCGCCCCAUUAUCCACGAGUAAUCGAACGGCUCCGCAAAGAUCCAGCGACCCGGUUUCUUGACGCCGGCUGCUGUUUCGGACAGGAGAUUCGCUUCCUCGCAGACCAGGGAAUCCUGGGAAAGCAGCUGUAUGGGAUUGACCUGGAACAAGCAUUCCUCGCUUUGGGAUACCAGCUCUUUCUUGACAAGGAUCGUUUACAGGCGACGCUCAUUGCCGGAGAUAUCCUCAGAAAAGGCCAGUUAUCUCAGGAGAUCUCUGGAAAAAUUGAUAUUAAUUGUGCCAGCUCUCUCCUUCACCUGUGGGACUAUGAGACGCAGUUGAAAGCCGCCGUGAGAUUCGUUUCGCUGUGCCGUGAUCAACCUGAUGUCAUGGUCGUCGGGCGACAGAUGGGAAGUCUGUCAGGUGGGCACUACCCAAUGUCGGGCGUGAAGGAUGAAUUCAAUCAUUAUCGCAACAAUGUGGAGACGAUGAAGGGACUUUGGCGCGAUGUUGAGGAAGCUACACAGACACGCUGGAAGGUAGAGGCGCAGCUCUACAUGGGGGACGAGAUCGAGAAGGUCAUGAAGUCGCCUUUCGCGGACGGAAAUGUCCAUAUGGUUCCUUGGUGCGCUACGCGACAAUAA